CUCAAUGAGAGAGAGUCUUAGAGUUAUCGUGUUUUUUGAAUGCCUUUGAAUGUCUCCUUCAGAGUCUUGACCAAAGUUUCUAAUUGUUUAGCCGGCUUCUGAUGUAUGACAGACAGUUACUAAACAGCUGCUGUCUGUUUACGCUCGCAAAGCUAGUCUAGGUGCUGUACAAGCUCUUCCGCUUCCAGUUGAGCGACGAUAAGGUUCAGCUCGCGAUGCAGACCUACGAGAUGGUCGACAAACACAUCCGCAGACUCGACACAGAACUNGUCGACGACAGACAAAUGCGAGCGUUUCGAUCAGAUCCACGACAUGUUCGAGAAGGCGAAGGUCUUGAGCGACGAUAAGGUUCAGCUCGCGAUGCAGACCUACGAGAUGGUCGACAAACACAUCCGCAGACUCGACACAGAACUCACCAAAUUUGACAACGACUUGAAAGACACACACAUCACCACUCAGAUCACCGACACCACCCCUCACGCCACCGAUGAGGUCAAGAAAAAGGGCAGAAGGGGUGAUAAGACUAAGAACACGGGCUUUAAUCCUAAACAUGUUAUCAAAAAUGAAUCGGAAGGGAAGGGCCGCAAAAAACAAGACAUUAAAAUGACGGACACCAUAGCCUUAGCCAACACAUCGGUGGCCUCCGUUCUGCCGGCAUUAAUGGCCAACGCAGACAUCGGCCUCGAUAUGGCUGUCGAUCCCAAUGAGCCCACGUAUUGUCUCUGUCAUCAGGUCUCCUAUGGAGAGAUGAUUGGCUGCGAUAAUCCCGAUUGUCCCAUUGAAUGGUUUCAUUUUGGGUGCGUGGGCCUGACUAUUAAACCUAAGGGCAAGUGGUUCUGUCCGAAGUGUGUGACCGAGAGGAAGAAGAAGUGAACGAAAAGUAUUGCAUUUAUUUGUUUAGUUAUUCAUUACCUGUAAAUCACUCUAAAUUUAAAGCUAAUCUGUUACUCGAAAGCAAUUACUUGCAAACAAUAACACAAUAUAUUUAUAAACCCUUUCAUGCAUUCUCACAAAACUACUGCAGUUAAUGACUAGCGAUUUAAACCAUUAAUUUCUUAUUGUAAUGACUGGUAGUCAUAACUAUAAGUGUAUUUAAUUAAGAGACAAUUAUGGGGAAUAGUCUUAACAGUGCUUUCCGAAGACUUAAAGCGAUCUAAAUAUGUUUGUUAUGUCAAGUAAUCUCUAAAAUGUUUAAUCUCAUGAAAGCACACAUACUUUGUAUAUGUGCUGCAAGUCUUGACCUGAAAUAAGGUUAGGACUGAGAGAUGGAAAUCAAAUAUUUUUUUAAAGCAACGCCAGAGGAGUUUAGAAGUAAUUUAACGUUAACUUACUUUAUAUGUAAUGAUGCGAAUGAAAAACAGUAUAAAAAGCAAUACUGAAAAAAAUUAUGCGAACAAAAAAUGAACGUUUUUUAAAUAAUUGAUUCGUUCACCCAUUUAUUCGCUGUUGAGAGUCUUGAGACCCAAAAACAUAAUUUUACUUUCGUUUAGAAACCUGUGAACAGUCAACACAUCCACGACUAUACCUUACAUUCAUGUGUAAACAAUACCUCAAAAGACUUUUGAUUUCACUUCAAAUAUUUUAACAAUUUUUAUGUUUAUUUACACAA